UGAUUAAACGCCAUUGUUUGAUUUCGAUUUCGUACAGAAGCAAAGGCGAUUGUAAACUAACUCAACUUAUCCAGCAGCUGGAUAUUAUACUGUUUUUGCCUAGCAAAUUCCAUUCGAAAUCAAUCGAAAUUUACUGAUUUUCAUUUAUUCUAAGUAAGGACGUAAAAUAAUGUCAAGACAAACGAGCCGAUUGGAUUCAAAGAAAGUCAACUCGGAAUUGUUGACGCUAACGUACGGUGCACUUGUAACGCAAAUCAUUCGUGAUUUCGAAAAUAUCGACGAUGUGAACAAACAACUGGAGCGAAUAGGCUAUAAUAUGGGUGUGCGGCUAAUCGAAGACUUUUUAUCUCGAACCGCAUCGACCCGAUGCGUGGAUAUGCGCGAAACGGCCGAUAAAAUUCAACAAGCAUUCCGAAUGUAUUUAAACGUUCAGCCAACGAUAUCGAAUUGGGCGGCGUCGGCUGACGAAUUUUCACUCAUUUUCGACACAAAUCCAUUGACGGAAUUCGUUGAACUGCCCGCUGACAUGAGCGCACUCCGGUAUAGUGGAAUUCUUUGUGGAUGCAUUCGCGGUGCUCUCGAAAUGGUGCAGCUUGAAGUGCAAUGUUGGUUUGCUCAGGAACAAUUGAAAGGUGAUGGAACGACGGAAAUUCGGGUCAAGUUCAUUCGACGUCUGGAGGAUGCUAUACCUGCUGGAGAAGACUAAACAAAUCGAUAUUCGUUCAAUUCAACUUAAAAUAAAUUAAAAAAUAAAACGAUUUAUCGAAAUAACAUAAAAAAAUGGGAAAUAAAACGAAAUGUGAUUCGUUGAAGUUGA